AUGGAUGAUAAGUUUAAUGUUACAUAUAUAUCUUUUAAUGGGUAUGUGGAAGUUCAGAGGUACAGGUAUCUUUAUUUUUUUAUCAUGUUAACAGUAUAUUUUUUAAUAAUAUGUUGUAACUCUACCAUUGUGUUCCUUAUCUGGAAACAGAAAAACCUUCAUGAACCAAUGUACAUUUUUAUUGCAGCUUUGCUCACCAACUCUGUUGUUCUCAGCAGUGCUGUCUAUCCAAAAUUCUUGAUUGACUUUUUAUCAGAGAGACAAAUUAUAUCUUAUUCAGCUUGUCUAUUUCAGUUUUUUAUAUUUUACUCUAUAGGUAGCUCAGAGUUCUUACUCUUGUCAGCCAUGGCCUAUGACAGGUACGUGUCUAUAUGCAAACCUCUGCAAUAUCCAACUAUCAUGAGAAAAAACACAGUGUGUACUUUACUGUUUUUCGCUUGGCUUGUUCCUGCUUGUCACAUUGCUAUCCCAGCAAUACUGAGUGCAAAAAAUAGAUUGUGCCAUUUUACUUUAAAAGCAAUAUUCUGUAAUAAUACCAUAUACAGGCUUCAAUGUGUGAGGUCACGAUUAAUUACUAUAUAUGGUGUGGUAUCUUUAGUAGAUCUUGCACUUAUCCCUUUGCUUUUUAUAAUUUUUACUUACAUUAAGAUACUUAUUGUUGCGUUUCAAAGUUGUAGGGAAGUCAGGAAAAAAGCAGCUGAAACCUGUUUACCACACCUGUUGGUCUUAAUCAGUUACUCUUGUUUGUGUGCAUAUGAUAUCAGCAUAGCACGAGUGGAAUCUAAUAUUCCCAAAACUGCACGCUUCAUUAUGAUGUUGCAGACAGUUUUUUAUAACCCUUUGUUAAAUCCGCUCAUAUACGGGCUGAAAAUGAAAGAAAUUUCCAAACAUCUUAAAAAGUUGUUUUUUCCUGCCAAAACAGUUUUGUGUAUUAAAACUGAUCACUGAUGCACUGUUAUGUCUUCUGAAAUGUUUGU